AUGUUGCAAUUUCAAAACAAUCUGAAGCUUCUCCCUUCAAACUGCCUUUUCCCUUGUUUAUCUCCACUUCUCAUUUCCCAUUCUAGCCAAUUCUCCUUAAGAAACUCCUCCACUUCCACUCUGUACUCUAUCUGCUCAGCCCACAAACUAUCGGUUGCCCAAGCUUCAGAAGAGCCCACCAUUGCAAUCAAAAGCUCCGUCGAUGCACCGCCGGAAGAGGGACCCAUUGAACUCUCGCCGUCAAUUCCCCCUAUUUUCUCCACCUCGGACGACCCCACUACUCUCCAAACGGCCACCAGUGUUCUCCUCACCGGUGCCAUCACUGUCUUUCUUUUCCGGUCCCUCCGCCGCCGAGCCAAGCGUGCUAAAGAAACGAGAUUCAGGUCAUCAGGGGCAAAGAAAUCAUUGAAGGAAGAGGCCGUGGAGAGCUUGAAAGCAGUGUCUCUGUCGCCAGUUACAGCCAAGUCUCCACCUUCGCCUGUCCAGGCACUGUUGGGAGGGUUAACCGCCGGAGUGAUCGCAGUAAUUCUUUACAAAUUCACAACUACUAUUGAGGCUUCACUCAGUCGACAGACGCUUUCAGAUAACUUCUCGGUCCGGCAGAUAACUAUAACUAUAAGGACCAUUGUGAAUGGAUUGUGUUACCUUGCUACAUUUGUUUUUGGCAUCAAUGCUGUAGGUUUAGUACUUUACUCGGGCCAGCUUGCCAUCAACUCCGUUAUGGGAGAGUCUACUGAUCAAGACGAAGCACCAUUAAGUUCGUCAAAUUCAAAGUCAAGUAGUACGGAUAACUCUGGAAUCACUGGUAGCGACGAGGAUCAAAGUUCAGGGAAUACUCAAUAA